AAUACUUUUUAGUAUCGUCGCGGUGCUCGCGGUGCGGCCAUCACCUGGCGGCAUUGCUUCCGCCAACUGUCCUCACGUGUAGCAAGUCUCGCUUCGCCACGUGGCUUGUACAUAUACACAGAGCGUGUUUUAGAGACGUCUGCAACUUCUCGUUGCUAUUUAUUGAUUACUAUUAUUCUUUCCGAGCCGUCCUUGAAACGCAAUAAAAUCGCAAUCUGCCUUUGCCGAUGGCUACAGCCACCACGUGCCAGUCGCUAAUCUGCGGGUUGGGUAUCCUCGCGUGUUCGUGCUCCUUCGUGGCCGGCGUGCUGAUCGCCGCCAGGGAACCACCAGAGAAGCUCAAGGUCGACAAGUACGUCCCCGACUUCGAAUCCCCCCAUCGUCCGUUCUUCAAGCCACCAUCCCUCCUCGCAGCAAAGAGGAACUCCUCUUCGAGCUCUAAAUCAAUCAGCGUCUUUAGUAGCUUCAAGUCAGUAGGCCUCUCAGACGGCUCUAAGUCCACUGAAGUGUUCGCUGAGACACAACCGCCGGAGCUCCAACACAUGGGGGAGGAGCGGAAGGGAAAGACGCCUAGGAGCUGGUUGGGCCGAGCAGGAGUCGGAGGGAGGGGGGAGAGAGGGUUAAGGGAUGGGAGGGGAGGGGGAGGUGGAGGAGGAGGAGGAGGAGGAAAGGGUGCAUCAGGGGGGAGGUCUGGGGAUGAGAGAUGGGACAUGGAGAGUGGGAUGGGAGAGAGAAGGGAGUUGGGUGAAAGGAGGGUUUCUGCUGUGGAUAGGGCUGCAUCUGAUCGGAAUUCGUCUCAUGGUCAUCCCAUGCCUGCUGAAGGCUCGUUCCGUGACCAGCAUGCUCAGGGGUUUUCCCCAGGGUUUACCCCAGGGUAUUCCCAAGGCUACCCUCAAUACAGCUCAUAUGCAACAUCGUCGUGCCCUUCCACUCCAUCCCACCUCUCUUCCCCUUCCCACCCUUCCCUUCCCUUGCACCUUCAGUCCGACCCAAACCACUUGGGAGGUUCGUCCCUCUCCUCGCAUCUUCAGUCCCCCCGCACUCCCUCCUACCCCUCCCACCCUACACCGCGCCACCCCCACACUCCCUCCCACCCUUCCACCCCCACUCAGCUGCACUCGAAUCCUUCCCCAUGGGGGCCUUACUCCCCCCGCUCUCCAUCCCCAUCCAUAGAACCACACUCUUACAUGCCCCACGGUCCUCACCCCUCCAUGCCCUCACAUCCCGCCUCCAUGCCGCAUUACCCCUCCCCUAUGCCCCAUCCAUCCCACAUGCCCCAUCCAUCCCACUACCCAUCCCACCAACCAUCGCACCAACUAUCACAUCACCCACCUGGGUACCCGCACCCCUAUGCAAGGCCAUCCUACCCUUAUGGCUAUCAGAACCACCCAGGUGCAGGAGCAUUUGGUCUGAGUCCUAGCCAUCCUCCCUCUCACGCCAGCAACCCCAGCACUCCAAGAACGCCAGGUCAAGGGCAGGGAGAGAGAGGGGGGGAGCAGCAGGGAGUGAGAGGAAUGGGGUCGCAGCAGCAGGGAGGGUACAGGGGAGGGGUUGAAGGGGGUCACUGGCACUGGCGGCCCUCUUAUGGUCCUGCAUCUGACCCUCCCCUACGUUCCCCUGUGGCUAGAGCAUUGACGUGAAAUAAUCGGAUUUAGACAGCUUUUAUUGUACAAGAAAGUACA